AUAUUUUGUUUUUUUUCUGUUAUAAUUCAAAUUAAUUAUAAUCUGGACUGAUUCAGGAGUGGAACAAAUAAGCUGUGAUAAUAUUUAUAUUGAAUGGACAAUUGAAAUGGGAUUUAUAUUAACAUUCUAUUGACUCUAAAUUGCUGUAUGACAAAACUCUUUGUAUGUAAAAGCUCUUGAGUUAUUGAAAUUCCUAAUGAAUUUUCAUAAUUAAGAUAAAAUAUUUUUUUUCAAUGUUGUUUUCCAUCAAAAACUGCUUAUUAUUGAGUCACUUCUUGUCAUUAAAAAGAAAAGAACGACUAUAGCAGUAAGAUUUUUUACAAUAAAUGAAUUAAUCACUCACUGUGCCAAAUAGAUCUUUCGGCAGGUCCGCCAUCUUCUUGGCUCUUGAAUCAAGCGGAUUCGAAAUAUUUUGUUAAUUAAUUAUUCUACAUUGUUAAAAGCCAACCAAAGCGAGAGAGUGAUAGCGGUAUCUGCUUUGUCGAAUGAUAUACGAGGAUAGUAAUACCAUUGCUAGUCAAACACUUCCAUUAUAACGUGGACCUUACUAUAGGUUGUGGAUAUCACUUCAAAAAUAUUCCUCGACAGUACAGUUGUGCGACGUAGAAUCAGUUUACCUCUUUUGUAUUUUCCUUUAAACUGGAUAUGGAAAUAAAACUGAAUCAUCAAUUUGCAAAAUCGAGUAUCGAAUCUAGUAGGCAUUGCAAUUAUUAAGAAAAUGGAGAAUGGAAAUAAUUGUAAUGGAGUUGUUCGCCUGUACGUGUUGCUCUUUUUGGUGUAGUUGGCGCCAAUCCGGGAAAAACAAUUUUUAAGUUUUUCAGUGGUUAUGCUAAUAUCACUCUCUUAUUGGUACUAUUACGCGAAUGUGCUCUAUCUUCGUUCAAAUGCACCUGUGUAACGGAAACCUUUGACAUAAUGCAAAAAGACUUAUAUUUUUUUUAGGUUAUGGCUCAUAGUUGUUAAGCUGUGCUUUUUAUAAAUAAUAAUAUUCUCUAUAUUAUUAUACGAUUCAACAUCAGUUAAACUAGUACUACAUUUUUAGUUUAUCUAUACUGUUUUAAUGGCAAGCUCAAAUGAUUAUGACUUACAACUGGAAAUGAUUCCUCAAGAUAAUAACCUGUCCAUGAGGCAACUGAAUCUUCUUCAACCGGAUCGUGUUUCGUAUGAAUACUAUGAUGAUGGAGGAGGAGGAGCAGGAGGAGAUGAUGACGGUAGAGGAGGAGGAGGAGGAGGAGGAGGAGAUGAUGAUGUAGGAGGAGGAGAUGAUGAUGGUGUAGGAGGAGGAAGAGAUGAUGAUGGUGGAGGAGGAGGAGCAGUUGUUGAUAGUAAUGGGGUAGAAGUUGGUGCUAGUAGUGGAGGAGUAGUUGGUGCUAGUAGUGGAGAGGGAGAAGAAGGAGCAGGGCCUGAAGAAGGUGAAGAAGAAGAAGGUAAAAAAAAAGAAGGAGAAGGAGGUGGAGCUGAUGUCAACAAUGAUGAUGAGGAUGACGAUUCGUUGGAAAAUGACUACCAAUCGUCAUCAUCAAGCUGUUCUGAAAUUCCCCCAGCAAGACCUCCUAUCAAACAUAACGUUUAUGGUGGAAUUGAAGGUAGGAGAAAAUCAUAUAUCUUAUUUUAUUAUGGAUGAUAAUGACAUUAAUCG